AUGGCUCCGGUACGAGGACGUCAACGCACUGCUCGACUGGGUGCGGCCCAUGGUCGCCGAGGUCCCCACGCUGUCUUCUGGCUGUACGAGGGCAAGACGCACUUUGACCUGCUGGACAACCGGGACGAGAUGUUCGCGAACCUCGUGCCAAAGUGGGAUGGAGAGCCGUCAUACGCACGAGCCGGCAGAAACGACGGAAUAUGGUAG